AUGCCCGUUCCCAAUCUAACCACUGUGCAUUACAGCCCCUCCUUUCUCACGCUGACGGGGAUCCCCGGCCUCGAAGCUGUGCAGCACUGGAUCGGCAUCCCCUUCUUGCUCAUGUACACCGCCGCACUCCUGGGAAACAGCAUCCUCCUCGCAACCAUCUGGACCGAGCGCAGCCUCCACCAGCCCAUGUACAUCCUCCUGGCCAUGCUGGCGGCCACUGACCUGGGCCUCUGCACCACCACUAUGCCCAAAAUGCUGGGCGUCUUCUGGUUUGCCCUUCGAGACAUCCACUUCAACGCCUGCCUCACCCAGAUGUUCUUCGUCCACACCUUCCAAGCCACCGAGUCGGGCGUGCUUUUAGCAAUGGCCUUUGACCGCUUCGUGGCAAUCUGCAAGCCCCUCAGACACUCUGCCAUCCUCAGCAACCACGUGCUCUGCACAAUCGGGAUCCUCUUGAUCCUCAGGCCAACCGUCCUCAUUGUACCAUCUGCUUUUCUGAUUAAGCGGCUGCGGACGUACAAGAGCACAGUCAUUUCCCACUCCUACUGCGAGCACAUGGCCAUCGUGAAGCUGGCAGCCAGCGACGUCCGGGUCAACAAGGUUUACGGCCUCUUUGUGGCCUUCACAAUCCUGGGCCUCGACCUGGUGCUCAUUACCAUGUCCUACCUCCUCAUCUUCAGGGCCGUCUUCCAGCUGCCGCAGCGGGCGGCACGGCUGAAGGCGGUGCACACCUGCGCGGCCCACCUCUGCGUCUUCCUGGAGUUCUAUGUCCUGGGCUUCUUCUCCUUCCUCGCCCACCGCUUUGGGCACAGCGUGCCCCCCUACGUCCACAUCCUCCUCUCCAGCCUUUACCUCCUGGUGCCCCCUGCGCUCAACCCCAUCGUCUACGGCGUCAGCACCACAGCCAUCCGCCAACGGGUGCAGAAGAUGGUGGGUCUCAAUACAAAGUGUCCUUGA